UCCACAGAAUGUUUGAAAAGAUUUUGUAGUAGGCACAUUUCGCGUCGAGUCCUCCACAAAGUCGCGGCAGCUGCUCUCCACCGCCCUUUUUGACUCGAGGGUCAGUGAUGGCUGCCGCGAAGAUCGCGGCCAUCAAGGGUGUUCUGCCUUGUCAAACUAUAAAUUCAGUGCUUGCUUCGAGUACAAAUGAGUGAGUACAGUAUUCGCAGAUUCUUGGAGAUGAAGACCUCCAGGGCAGGCACUCUUCUUCCGCUGCUUGCCGUUUUGCUCGGCAUAUCUGGGAUCAUCUGUUCGGCUCAUGCAGUGCCGGUUACAAGAACAGGAAGCCUAGUGCAAGAGGCUGGAGUUCAUCAAGUCGCAAGCGGUUCGGUCUUGAGGCCAGUACCGGGAGGAGUUUUGGGUCUAGCAAGAAUCGGUGGAAGGAUGGACAUCGAGGUCAAUGAUUAUCCAGGAUCGGGGGCCAAUAAUCGCCACACGCCAAAGCCACAACUUGGGAGAGGAUGCAUGGCCUGUUGAAUCAAAAUGCCUUAGCUAGUAGGUUUAGAUGUAGUCCUCGGAUAUAUAGACACAUUGUCGUAUAUCUCAGUGCAGUUGUAGACAUAACCGUCUCUCUCUCUCUCUCUCUCUCUCUCUCUCUCUCUCUCUCUCUCUCUCUCUCUCUCUCUCUCUAUGUUGCUGUAGAAAUUGCUUCUAGCUCUAAGGGGUAGCAGUGGGUUUCUGUUGUCUAGAUAUUGUGUAGAAGUUGGAGAAGGCAUGUCGAGAAACUUUCCAGUCUUGAUGUCGCAGGACUAGUGACGGGUUCGUUAAUGUCAAUGGGUUUGCUUGUAUAAAAAUGCUCUUUGUAGCUAUUUUCUGA